CAUCGGGUUUCCAAUAUUAUGCAUUUGUCACUUGUAGGCUUGGCGUAAUGGCUGAACAUGAUUUAUAGAAUACCUUGAAGUAAAAAUAAACAUUUUAACUUGAAAAAGUAAAUAACCUUUGUUUAUAAUAACUUAUAUGGCAAAUCGUAACAGUAAAUCAUUACGAAGAAAAGAAGGUUCCGAUAUGGCGGCUUACAACAUUACCCCAGGAAACUUCUGGGAUAUUGGAAAUUACAGCAGAGCAGUCAAACGUAUUAAUGAUAGUUGUGCAUUCAACGAUACUUUAAUAAAGAUGUUCGCAGACAGGGCAGAUAUAGAGACGAAAUAUAGCAAAAAAUUAACAGAUUGGCAUGCCCGCUGGACAAAGAUUUUAGAGGCGUCCCCCAUGUAUGCAACAAUGAAAACUGCAGCUUUAGGCUCGCUGAAAGAAGCUGAAGACAGAUCUAAAAUACACAUGGAAUGUUGGUCUAAACUCCAUGAUCAAGUAGUAGAAACUAUUAAAAGACAUAAGGAAUCUCAUUACCACCAUAAACCAUUGUUGGGAAUAAAGGAAGCAAGGGAUUACGAAGAAGAGUUCUCGAAAUCUCAAAAGCCAUGGGCAGCUGCAUAUACUAAAGUUCAACGGGCAAAGAAAAAUUACCAUUCUGCAUGCAAGCAACUGGAAACUUCCAAACAAAACCUAAGUGUUGCCAACAACGAUAGUGAAACCCCUCUAGAAAAAAUCAAGAAAUUUGAAGAAGCUGUGCAAAAGUGUGAAAAAAAUGUAGAAGCCGCAAAGAGAAAAUACGAAGAAAAGUUAUCUCGAAUUGAACCACUUAACCAAAGUUAUGAAGAUGAAAUGAGAAAAGUUUAUAGCCGAUGGGCAAAGGAUGAAGAAAGACGAAAAGAUUUUCUUCAAAGAACAUUAGUUGAUUAUCAUAAAGCUGUUAAUAUAUGCAGUGAUAACAGGUUAAAAGAAUGUUUUGAUAACCAGCUCAAUGUUGCAUACAGUGGAAAAAGUCAGUAUGAUGUAAAAUGGUGGUCAGAAAACUUUGGUGCAGAUAUGCCUAGAAAUUGGCCUAAAUUUGAAGAGUUAGGUGACUUGCCCGAGCUUCCGCCACCUGUGUCUGCUGUUGAACCACCACCAUCGCAUGCAUAUCAAACUCAAUCUUCUUACCAACAAGUGAAUCAUGAAAAAAUGCAACAGCAGCAACAAUCAUUCCAACCAGCACCCUACCAACCAGAACCCUACCAACCAGAACCCUACCAACCAUCAUCUUAUCAGCCGGAACCUGAUCCUGCAGCUAAUCCGUUUGUAAAUGGGGAUGACAAAGAUGGCGAUGAUGAUGAUUGGGAUGAACCACCUCCACUUGCAGGAGGGGGUGUGCCUGUACGUGCCCUGUAUGACUACAACAAAGUUGAGGAUGAUGAAUUAAGUUUUAACGCGGGAGAUAUUCUGACCAAAUUAACCGAAGAGGAUGAGCAAGGUUGGUGUCGCGGAAAUUUCAACGGACAAGAAGGGCUCUAUCCGGCCAAUUAUGUUGAACCUAUAUAGAACUGCAUAUCCUGUGAAGGAAGUCUAUUAAGCUUCCUAAUUCUGUCGUUAAACGCAUCAAGUUAUAUUUUGUACCGGGUACUGCGAGAAGCAUAAAUAUUAGCUCAAUUUUUAUAAGUGGCUGCCAGUGACUACGCGAGUUAAUUUCAAACCUAUAGGAGUAGAAAGUUUACACUGACGGUAUGCACAAAGCGAAGGAUACUUUCCAUUUUUGUUUUAAGUUAUAACCUAUUUUAUAUAUUAUAUACAACUCGUAGCACUUUUUUUGAAAUGUUUGCCUGUUAAAAUUUUCCAAAAGAAGUAAAUUUAAAUUCGUUUUUAAACUUCGAAUCUGCGAUAACCUCAACACUUCUAAAUUGCUAAAAAACUGUCGCAAAACAAGUUAACUCCUUGUGUCAAUUUUUUGUUUUAUUUUUAAUUCUUGUAUCUACAUAGUUUUUUUUUCAUCAGAGGCGCAUUUCGACUAGAUAAAAUGUGAAAUCAAAUUGUUGGCUGAUUUCUUGUUUGGGGGAGUACGUAGAAAACAAAGUCGGUCACUAAGAAAUUUGUUUGUAAAGUCUGUUAAAAAACUUUAGUUUCGACAACUCAAAUCCAUGUUUUUCGACUCCCCCUUCACUAUAACUUUCAAAUAGCUUAGUUGCUAAAUUUUUUGGGAUAACACGAAAUAAUACUUUGCAUAUUUAUACAAAUAAGUAUGCAAAAUCUGUGAAAAUUACUGCUUUUCUUUUACUGCUUUUCUUUUAAAACGUUUGAUUAAUUUGCUUUAUUUUAUUCAUUAUUGUAUUAUUGAACAAACGUUUUGUAGAACUUUGCAAUACGACUUAUUUAUUCUUCUAGAGUUUAGAUUUUACUUAGAUAUAUUUAGGACAGACUGUUUGUUCUGUAUUGUUUCGUUUUCUCAAUUUAUGCAGGUUUUUUAAAUUAUCCUUCGAAUGAUUUCUUUUAACGUAAAGAAGUUGUUAUAUCUUAUAUUUGAAUUUAUUUUUGCAAUAUUGCUCUCUAUUCGCAGAAUUGAAUUCUAAGUCCAAAUUGCAAGCUUUCGCAAAAUUCUUUACACCAUCAUUUUUGCCUUAUUUGUUAUAAAGAAUUUCCAACGCAAACAAUAAUUCAGCAUUUAGCCACAUUGCCAUAAUAUGUUCGACAUAAAAUAAUUUUAGGCUUUUCAAUCGCAAAAUUAAGUUUCCCGUUACGUUCGUACUUUGUCUUUUAGGCUUAAUUUUUUUUUAAUAUUUCUGGUAUCUUCUUAAAAACGAACGAAAUUAUGAAAAUAAGGCAUAACCCACUAUAUACUAUAACUAAUUCUUGAAAACGAACGUUUUUAGAAUUUCUUACACCAUUUUCUUUCCUUACUUCGUUUUUCCUCUAUUUUUCCAUAAUCUAUUUUUUCUAUGUUUAGAAUUUAAAUAAUUGUAAAGUUAUUUAAUCAAUGAAAUGUAUUACUUUCUA